AUGCUUUCAAAAUUAUAUAGAAAAUCAACAUCUCAAACGAUUUUUUUGUCAUUACCAUUAAAAUUAAAAAAAAAAUCAUUAUUUUAUAUUUUACCAAGACCUUCAAAUUGCACUCUUUAUCAUCAACAAAAUCAAAUGUAUUCAUCAUAUAAUAAAAAAAAAUUAUCGAUUUUGGAUCAAAAUAUUCAAAGAUUACAAGAAAAAAUAUCAACUUCUGAUAAACAAAAUAUUUCAAAGACGGAAUAUAUUCCGUUUUCAAAUAUUGAUGACUAUGAAAGUAUAUAUCGAUCAAUUACUUCUUCAAAUAAAAUUUCAUUAUUGGGAAAAAGAAAUAACGAUGAAGAAAAUGAAAUUUUAUCGGAAUCCAUAACAAAACCAGAGUCAUCAUCUUCAACAUUAAUAAUAACAAAAAGAAAUAAUCCAGAAGAUAUCAUCAAUCAAUCAUCCAUUGAUUUUGAACAAGGUUUAAUGUGUGAAUUAUCUGCAUUUAUCAACAAGAAAAGCCUUUCUAAUCCUAUAUCUGAUAAACAAAAUAUUUCAAAGACGGAAUAUAUUCCGUUUUCAAAUAUUGAUGACUAUGAAAGUAUAUAUCGAUCAAUUACUUCUUCAAAUAAAAUUUCAUUAUUGGGAAAAAGAAAUAACGAUGAAGAAAAUGAAAUUUUAUCGGAAUCCAUAACAAAACCAGAGUCAUCAUCUUCAACAUUAAUAAUAACAAAAAGAAAUAAUCCAGAAGAUAUCAUCAAUCAAUCAUCCAUUGAUUUUGAUCAGAUUUUCAAUCUAAAAACAACUAUAAAGAAAAAAUCUUUAAAAGAAGAAGAUGAAAAUUAUUUAUUAAACCAAAAUAAGACAAUAAUAAAGAACAAUGAUGCAAUGUUCAAAAAUCUAUAUGAUCCAGAGAUUAUAAAAAGACUGGAAAAGAAAUCUGCACUGUCACCAGAUCUUAUAAUAUAUGAUCACCUUUUAAAUCAUUAUUCAAAUAUCGGAAAUCUAGAUCGAGCGAUUGAAAUUUUUGAUCAAAUUGAAAAAAAUGGAUUUGUGCCAACAUUAUACAGUUACGCGAAUUUAAUUAAAGCUUAUGCAUAUCAUAGAAGAAUCAAUGAUGUAUUUGAAGUUUUCAAUAAAUUAAAGAUGGGGAAUUUGAUACCAAAUCAGGAAAAAAACGCAGAAAAAGCCUUUGAUUUAUACAAAGAAAUGUUAGAACAAGGACUAAAACUUACUGGAAUUACAUAUAAUUCAUUAAUUGAUGCUUGUUCGAAACGAAAAGAUAUCUUUUUUUAUAAAGAAAAAAAUUAUAUACAAUUUGAAUACAAAAAGGCAUUUGAUUUAGUUCAAGAAAUGAAAGAACAUGGAUGCUCGCCUGAUCUGAUUACAUAUAAUUCUUUAAUGUAUGCAUGUGCUAUAAAUAAAGAUUUAAAAUUAGCUAGGAAUUUAUUUAUAUCAAUAAUUCAAAGCACCUGA